ACUUGUUUUCCAAGGCCCAAAAUUAAUCGAUGUCAAUAAAUGGAAACUUAAAAUAAAGUCUUGUUCUAGAAGAAUGUGAAUCAUCUUCUCCAAGUUUCAACGUUCGUUUUUUUUUUUUUUUGCCUCCGUGAUCGUCAGCUUUAUAUAUAUAUAUACACGAGAAUCUUGUACCCAAUUAACAUAUACAUACAUGUAAGUGUGUGUAUGUAUAUAAAAAUAUUCUCUUUUUUUCACUAAAUUUUCUUCAAAUACGUUUAAUGCCCACCACCUGUUCGAUCAAUUUCCCCAUCUCAGAAAGCCAGAACUUUCUUCGUCUCUAUUGGUCUCUCACUCUGUCUCUUACCUUUUCUGAUUUGUUGUUUCCCCUACAAAAUUGGGUCAUCAAGUAUAUUGGAUCAAAGGGUUUGAUUCACGAUUUCUCAUUUUCCUUCUUCGUUUGAAAGUUUGGUUUUUUUUUUCUUUCUCAUUGACGGAUUUAGAAGCUGUGUUCGAGAUUUCAUCUUCGUGGAGAGAGUUUUUGAUCUGAUUUGUUGAUCGUCUCCGUUAUGUCUAGUCCGAGAAGUAACAAGCCGAAGAUCGUCAACGGUCCUGGUGGUUAUAUUCUACAAGACGUUCCUCAUCUCAUUGAUUAUCUUCCUGAUCUUCCUACUUAUCCGAAUCCAUUGCAAGACAAUCCAGCUUACUCAGUGGUCAAGCAAUACUUUGUUGAUGCAGAUGAUAGUGUCCCUGAGAAGGUUGUGGUUCACAAGGAUGGUCCUAGAGGAAUCCAUUUCAGACGCGCUGGUCCUCGUCAAAAGGUUUACUUUGAGUCUGAUGAAGUGCAUGCUUGCAUAGUUACAUGUGGAGGUCUCUGUCCCGGACUCAAUACCGUGAUUAGAGAAAUUGUGAGCAGCUUAUCAUACAUGUAUGGAGUGAAGAGAAUCCUUGGAAUCGAUGGUGGAUAUAGAGGAUUCUACGCCAAGAAUACUAUCCCCUUAAACUCUAAAGUCGUGAAUGAUAUCCAUAAACGCGGAGGAACAAUCCUUGGGACCUCAAGAGGUGGACACGAUACCACGAAGAUAGUUGAUAGCAUUCAAGAUCGUGGCAUUAAUCAGGUUUACAUUAUUGGAGGAGAUGGAACCCAGCGAGGUGCUUCAGUAAUAUUUGAGGAAAUCAGAAGACGUGGACUUAAAGUUGCUGUGGUUGGAAUUCCGAAAACUAUUGAUAAUGAUAUUCCGGUAAUAGAUAAAUCUUUUGGGUUUGACACUGCUGUGGAGGAAGCUCAACGAGCGAUUAACGCAGCACAUGUUGAAGCCGAGAGUAAUGAGAAUGGUAUUGGUUUUGUCAAGCUUAUGGGUCGUUACAGCGGGUUCAUAGCGAUGUAUGCUACAUUAGCCAGCAGAGAUGUUGACUGUUGCUUGAUUCCUGAGUCACCAUUUUACCUCGAAGGAGAAGGUGGACUCUUUGAGUUCGUAGAGAGACGGCUCAAGGAGAAUGGUCACAUGGUGAUUGUUCUUGCUGAAGGUGCAGGACAGGAUUUGAUGUGCAAAAGCAUGGAAUCUACUCUUAAGGAUGCUUCUGGGAACAAACUUCUUAAAGAUGUCGGCUUGUGGCUAUCACAAAGCAUCAAGGAUUAUUUUAAUAAGAAUAAAAUGGUGAUGAAUCUCAAAUACAUUGAUCCUACAUACAUGAUCCGGGCUGUUCCAAGUAAUGCAUCAGACAAUGUUUACUGUACACUUCUUGCUCAGAGCGCGGUUCAUGGUGCAAUGGCUGGUUACACUGGCUACACCAGUGGUCUUGUCAAUGGAAGACAAACAUACAUCCCUUACUACAGGAUAACAGAGACACAGAACAAUGUAGUAAUUACGGAUAGAAUGUGGGCAAGGUUAUUGUCUUCUACGAACCAGCCAAGUUUCUUGGGGCCUAAGGAUAUACCUGAAGAGAAGAAAGAGUUGCCGGAAACACCGCUUCUUGACGACGGAGCUGUCGAUAUUCCUCCUGUGACUAAAGAAGUCACCAAGUGAAGAAGUUGCAGGGCAUAAUGGCAAAUAUAUUUAUUUACUCAGGGGUUUCUGCAAACGAUGCCGUUUUCGGCGAAAGUGAAAUAAUUGUUAUCUUAACAAUUUUGCCCUUUUGUUGGCAUAACACAAAACACGAAUUUUAGUUUUCUUUCUAGAUGUUUAGUUUUGUAACCCUCUUUGCAUUUUCCACAUCUGAAUGAAUGAAUGAAGUUAUCUUCGUUACGUUGA